GAGAGAGACAAAGUGAGGAGGCUCAGAAAUAAGGGAGUUUGUUGCCGGUAGCCCAGUCCAGACAGACACGCGGCUCAUCUUCGUCCCUUUGGUAGCACCCGCUUGUUUCACAUAACCAGGGCUGAAAGUGUAAAGAAGAGUGGAAUGGUGGCACUUACAAGCAGAGGAGCAAGAGUACGAGCCAAGGGAUCGUAACACUGGAGCUCAAGGAUAAACCAUGGACUCUGCAUACAUCCCACCACACCUGGACAUCAACCAUGCUCCCUGCUAACAUCCUGCUUCUCAUGUUCUUGCUGCUACCUCAAGUCUCGUCUGGUCGCCAGGGUGAAGACACCAGCGAGAUUGACCAUGGCAGGGUGCCGUCCACGUCUUCAUCCUCGACACCCACGCCAUCGAUGGCGGAUUCCAACCUUUCUCAAACCAUUCAGAAUCUUCUCUUGAGCCGACUGGGCCUGCAGUCUCAGCCUAACCCUCAGUCUGGAGUACCAGUCCCACAGUACCUCCUUGAUCUGUACCGCUUCCACCAAAAGCAGUACCAUCUAGUGGAAGACCCAUCAUUUAGCUUCCCCAGCCAGCACAUUCAACAGGCCAACACAGUACGCAGUUUUCAUCACCGCGAGUCCCAUGAAGACAGUCACACAGAGAAGGAUCAUACUAGAGUACAUAUCUCAUUUGACAUCUCGUCCAUCCCUCAAGAGGAGAGGGUGCUCUCAGCCGAGCUUCGCCUGUUUCGCAGCGACAAAGCUUCCCUGGGUCCUGGAUCACACAGACUGAACCUAUACCUCUCAAAGCAUCGCGGAGAUCCUAAGCAGGCUUUGCUGGAGACAAGGUUACUCGCCAACAACCUUCAUAGCAAUAAACCAAGUGGUUUCUGGGAAGCAUUUACAAUAAGUGCAGAGCUUCUGCAAAAAAUCCAAGCUGGUACUGGCAGCCUGGGCUUCCUCCUUGAAAUCAAACCUGAAAAUACUACCAACCCACUUCCUUACCAGAUGUUUGCCUCUGCAUCAUAUGAAGACAAGUCAGAUGGACAAAAAGAGAGACACCUGAGAGUGUGCAGGUCUGUGGGCCAAGAUGAUCACAGCUGGGCCAGGGAAAGACCCCUGCUGGUGACCUACAGUCAUGAUGGCCGAGGAGAGCCUUUGAUUAAACAUAGCAGGAAAACCUCUGGUAACAGUCAGAGGAUUAGGGGGAAAAAGGGGUCAAAGGUGAGGGCCAGAAACAGCAGUAAAGGUCACGAAACAGCUAAAGCCUGGGGUAGGGCCAAAAAAAAGGGGUAUUCUGUGCAGGACUGGGUGACUAAAACAGGAGGGGUCAGCUGGAGCGAACGAGGAAGGGUAAAAAGAAAUGGAGGGCACUCCGCAAAAUUAAAGCGCAUUUCGCGUGGCAGAUGCCGCCGUCAUCCUCUACAUGUAGAUUUUAGAGAUGUGGGUUGGCAAAAGUGGAUCAUUGCGCCCAGUGGCUAUGACGCCUUCUUCUGCCUGGGAGAGUGCCGUUAUCCCCUGGUCGACCACAUGAACGCCUCGAGCCAUGCUGUGGUUCAAACCAUGGUAAACUCUGUGAACGGAGCAGUGCCCCGUCCCUGCUGCGUCCCCACCAGCCUCAGCCCCAUUGCGCUGCUUUACAUGGACUCUCAAGAUCGAGUUGUGCUGAAAAAUUACCAGGACAUGGUGGUGGAGGGAUGUGGCUGCCUGUAGAGGGUUAAGGAAGACAAACACAGAAGAGCAACGGAAAGAGAAAGUCAGGAGCGGCCAGAAAACUGCAAACAGGCAGAGACUGAUGGAGACAAACGUCGCACCAUGAGAAACAUCAGCGGAGAGGAAUGAGGCAAGGGGUAGAUAAAGCAGUUAAAUCACCAAUAUUAGGAGCAAAAGGUCAGUCAAAAAAAGGAAAAUCAUUAGGAUAAAUCACAAAGCUGGCACAGAGGAAGAUAAAGGACUAGACAGAAGGACAGGGAGACAUGAGGAAGCUGAAAUAGUGUUAACUUAAGUAAACUGCCAAGAGUUAUUUUCUUUUUCCCAUUUGGUGAGGCUGCAGCUGUUUACAUCAUCAUCCCACAGGCUGUUUAUUCUUUCAUGGCAACCCAGCUCUUUAACAUCAGAUGCCCCCCCCACCCCCCCCCCACCCCCCCCCAUAAAAAAUGUCUGUUAUUCUUCAGGCCCUGUCUUACUUAUCUGGAAGGCACCUAAAGUGGUAAACACUUGAAAGUAUCAUAAAAAACAUUAUAGGCUCAGAGUUUAAGCAAAUCUGUGUUGUUCUGAUGGACAUUACGACAAUGGGACCAGUAUGGAGGCCAAACUUUAUUAAACAGUGUUGUUUCUGCAAUAUUUGAACUGACAAUAAGGGUUUGUCUCUUUUUGUGACAGCUAAUGUAAUGACAGACUGUCCCUCAUGAGCAACCACUACAUCCCAAUCUAUUUAAAACAACAAUAAUGUUGAUAGAAUAUUAUGCUAUUAUUUGAAUGUAUUACUAUCAUUAUUAUUUAAAAAAGGACACCUUUUUUUGUAAAUUUCUUUUGCAGAUGUGAAAAAAAAAUUCAUGUAAUGGUUGUAUUGUGAUUCAACAUAAUUUCACUGAAUUCUAACUUAAAAGACACACGCUGUAUUUAAAAAGCAGCAAUAUGUUGUAUUUAAUCUUGACCAUAUUUAAAAUACCUGCACUCAUCGGAGCAUCCAGCAAACUGCAAGCCUGCUGCCAAAAACAAACAGGUUGUUGUAGCCUUCCAUCAAUAUUGGUGUUCUGUGUUUUGAAUGAAUAGUCUGUGUAACUUUCUGUAUUUGGUGUAAAACACAUGACGACAGACACAAGUGGUAUUACCUCUAGAAGCUCAACUAACACAUCAGUUGGAACCUAAACGUAUUGUAGCUACUGAAAUGUUUAACAACAGGUGUCUUUGCUCUAGUUCUGUCUGCGUGUGUCCAGAAAAAAAAGGAAGGCUGAUAAUAAAAUUGGCACUUUAGUGCCUUUCAGACAUGAGGCUUUGAAUAUGUUCUCUGGUGAGCUUAGUUUUUCAGUGUUGCAUUUUUAUGUCUGAAUGGAAACAUUUACGAUUUAAGCAUCAGCUUGUAAAAUGUCUGACAAUAUACCUCCAAUAAACAGAGCAAACUGCAUCAGA